CGUGGCUUGAGGUACGGUGCCGGAUCUCAGGACGCUGGGGCUCUCCCUCCUCCGUCGCCGUGGCGGCUCAAGCGACUGAGAUCAAGAGCAGUCACGUACUUGUUAGGCUAAUUUUCGUUCGCCUUUGCAGCAAUGAAGGCCGCCGCGAUCUUGAUCCUGGCGACUGCAUUCGCGGCCCCGCUCGCGGCCGCUGAGGAGGUCAGCCCGGUCGGGAAGGUGCUUCAGCUCCUUUCCGACUUGCAGGGGAAGAGUGUCGGUGAGGGAGAGAAGUCGCAGAAGGUCUUCGAGGAGUUCUCCGAGUGGUGCGAGGAGCGCAGCAAGCAUCUUGCGUUUGACAUCAAGACGGGAGAGAUGGAGUCCGCGCAGCUGAAGGCCACCAUCUCGGAGGAGGUUGCUCUGACCGCGUCGCUGACCGCGAAGGCCGAGAAGUUGGCGUCCGAGAUCGCCACCGACCAGGCGGACUUGAAGGCAAGCACUUACAUCCGCGAGAAAGAGUCCGCGGAAUUCCUGUCGGAGAAAGCAGAACUCACGGAGAUCAUCGACACGCUCGAGAGGGC